ACUACCGAUCAAACCUGCCCUACCUCUGAUGCCCCCGCCCUUUCUCACCUCGGGGGCUUCCAAACUCCUCCUCGGUCAGCCUUAUCUGAGAAGAAGACAGCGCCGUCUGGAGAGAGACCCAAGGCCGGCAACCUGAGCGUCCUGUCAACCUGCGAACCCCAAGCGACGGCCAGGCCGCAUCUCCAUGACAACGCCGCCAAGCACCAGUUCGAACGCCCGCUCUGUCGCCCGCGCGCAGGCCGUCCCGCACCGCCCACCAAUGGGCAUGCAGGGAAUCGGUUGUCGUUCGCUGCCUUCCUCUCUAGAAGACCAAUCAGAGAUCCGAGGGAACAGUGGGCGUAACUCUCAAUUUCCGUCCUUCAACCACUCGUGCCACUUGAGUUAAGAUCUCGCGACGUUCUCAGUGAGAGAACGGCACCUUUGAGGCGGGUCGAGGAUCCUACUGCCCAAUUCUGUUGGUUGUCCACAGCGCAACCGAGCUCACCUGAUUGGUCGGCGUACUUCCAGUCUUCGUUCAAGGCCCGCCUCCUGCCUCCCUCCGCUACGGGGAGACCUGGAGGAGUUGGGAUAGAGGCCACAUUGACGAAGGUAGUUGCCAGGGUCCUGCAGUUACACACAAAGUCCUUAGAUAGACCAUGGCCCUGAGAGCAUGUGGCUUGAUCAUCUUCCGAAGACGCCUGGUUCCCAAGGUGGAUAACAAUGCGAUUGAGUUUCUUCUGCUGCAGGCAUCAGAUGGCAUUCAUCACUGGACACCUCCCAAAGGCCAUGCGGAACCAGGAGAGAAUGACUUGGAAACAGCCCUGAGGGAGACACAGGAGGAAGCGGGAAUAGGAGCAGGCCAGCUGACCAUCAUUGAGGGGUUCAGAAGGGAGCUCAAUUAUGUGGCCAGGGAGAAGCCUAAAACAGUCAUUUACUGGUUGGCGGAGGUGAAGGACUACGAUGUGGAGAUCCGCCUCUCCCAUGAGCACCAAGCCUACCGCUGGCUGGGGCUGGAUGAGGCCUGCCAGUUGGCUCAGUUCAAGGAGAUGAAGGCAGCACUCCAGGAAGGACACCAGUUUCUCUGCUCUACAGAGGCCUGAGCUGACCGGAAUCAGCAGAGUCACUUGCUUUGGUAGGAUCCUUGAGGGCCUUCUGAGAUGAACCCACCCUCAUCUCCAGGGAAGGUGGUACUGGUCUUUGGCUCAUCACAGCCAAGAGCAGAUAGGUUACUGAAAUCAGCUCAGGACUUUCAGAUGAGAGCAAGCAAAAAUCUUAGCUGGGUGGAGAGGAAGGCAAAGGAGGAGUAAAAAUAAAGAAGGCCAAGCCCAAUAAAUGUAUCACUGUACAUUUAUAAAUAAAUGUCAAGCAGCUUAUCUGUCCUUCUAA